AUGGAUGAUAUUUUUACGUUGGUCAAGGAAGGAAAUGCUCUACAGGUUCGUGUUUGGCUGGACAACACUGCAAACGAUCUUAAUCAGGGGGAUGAUCAUCGUUUUAGUCUUCUCCAUUGGGCAGCCAAAGAAGGACGACUCAACAUUGUAGACAUGUUGAUUGCUAGAGGAGUAAGAAUUAAUGCUACAAAUAUGGGAGAUGAUACUGCCUUGCAUCUGGCCUGCAGUCAUGGACAAAAAGAAAUCUCCAAACGUCUGAUCCACAACAAAGCCAACAUCAAUGCCAUUAAUGAACAUGGAAAGGUCCAUUUUCAUUAUGCAAAUAAAACAUACGAUGAUAAAAAAGAGGAACUUAUCAACAUGGGUGCCUUAGUAACUAUUGCAAACAAAUUUGAUGAAACGCCUUUAGACAAAGCAAGACCAAAGCUUAGAGAUCAAAUGAGAGAACGGGCUAUUGCACUAGCAAGAGAUUUAAAGAAGAUUCCUUACAAGGACCGAAGUUGGUUAGGCUGUAAAACUAGAAGUCGUGAUGCCACUUUAUCAAGACAUACAGGUGUUGAAAUUAAUCAAUUGGAUUUGUCUGUAAUAUUGUCAUCUUCUCAUUCAGGACAGACAUGGAAAGGAAUUUGGCAAGGUAGUGAAAUUGUAGCCAAGAAGCUCAAACUUCGGGAAUGUACUGUGAGAAUGUCACGUGACUUCCAAGAGGAAUUUCCACGUCUAAGAAUUUUCAAUCAUUCAAACAUCCUUCCUGUCUUAGCCUGCUGUAAUAAACCCCCUGAUCUAUUCAUCAUUAGCCAGUUUAUGACACACGGAUCAUUGUACAAUGUACUUCAUGGAGAAACUGAGAUUGUUGUUGACCAAAAUCAAGCAUUGAGAUUUGCACUGGACAUUGCUCGUGGAAUGGAAUUUCUGCACUCCAUGGAACCAAUGAUACCAAACAUCACCCUUAACAGCAAACAUGUUAUGAUUGAUGAGGACCUGGCUAAGAUAAAUAUUGAUGACCCUAAAUAUUCCUCACAUGACGUUGCAAUCAAUGGGAUUGAUGAAGACCUUACUGCUAGAAUCAACAUGGCUGACUAUCGUUUCUCUUUCCAUGAGAAAGGCAAAAUAUACUCUCCUGCCUGGAUGGCACCAGAAGCUCUUCAGAAGAAACCAGAAGAAAUCAACAUUAAGGCUGCUGACAUGUGGAGUUAUGCAAUACUUUUAUGGGAACUGGAAACAAGGGAAGUUCCAUUUGCAGACCUUUCUUGGGGAAAUUGA